CUUCUUUACUUAGUUACGGCAUAGUCAUGCAAGAAUCAGAAUCGACAUAUGUCCCCGAUCCUAACAAACCGCAAAUCAAAGUGACAUUGUCGCAUGAUGUUUCGACACAUUCUCUAGAAUAUCCAAUUAAUUCAACUCAAACUGUUAAAUGGGAUAGUUCUAAUAUUUCUGAGGAUCCUGAGAUAUUAAUUCAAGUAUACAAACUUUUUCCAACCAUUCCAGAACCAACCUAUCUCGAUGUUUGGUCAUCUCCAAUGACUGCAAGGCUAUCCCAGAAAUCAAUUACGUUUUGUAUUGAUCCAGCUCUCUUUUCACCUGAUGAGUGGUAUGUCGCGCGAGUCUCGUUGGCCACUGAUGAUAAAAUUUCCGCGAUUUCGGAUCCAUUUUGUGUCAAAUAA